UCUCUUUAAAACAUCAACAACGUGUAGUUGGGGAGUGUAAACACCAAAUAAUGUUCAGGUCGUUUCACCACCUUGAUAUUUGACACCAGAAGUUUGUUUUCACACGGCGUGUCAGGAUUAAGUCAGCAGUUGAUGCAAGUGUCCCCAUUCCCAUGGGAUUGGGCAUUGAUUUGAACACACAUGUGUUUGAGACUCCCCAUAAGGAAGUGAAGACAGCUGCAGACAUCCCUGCCUGGGAAAAAUCAGAGGGCUACAGAGAUUACCUUGGAUUCCUUCAUGCGAUGAACGAUGCUGUGAAAGGGAGGAAACUCAGUGAUGAUGUACCUGUAUCACAGACGGUGGAGAAGUUACUGGAACUGUUAGAAAUCCUGGAUACUUGGAUUGAUGAGAUUCCACCCAUUGAUCAACCUCAGAGGUUUGGCAAUAAGGCCUUCAGAGAUUGGUUCAAGCGGCUGGAAGAGCAAGCAGAGGAAUUAUUAAAGAAAGCGAUGGAUGAGAAAUACCACAAAGCCUUACCUGAGGUUAUGGCUUACCUGGUGGAGGGGGUUGGGAACUCUACGCGGAUAGAUUAUGGAACUGGUCAUGAGAUGUCAUUUGCAGCCUUCCUCCUCUGUCUGUAUAAGAUUGGGGUGCUAACAGAAGAGGAUGCCCCUGCUGUAGUAUUGAAGCUCUUCAACAGGUAUUUGCUGCUGGUGCGUAAGUUACAGGUGACAUACAGAAUGGAGCCUGCAGGGAGUCAUGGAGUCUGGAGUUUGGAUGAUUAUCAGUUCAUACCCUUCCUCUGGGGAAGUGCUCAGCUUAUAGGUCAUCAGAGAAUAUUUCCCAAGUCUUUCCUGAAUCCAGACAUUUACGAGACAUUUUCUAAAGAUUACAUGUUCCUCAGCUGUAUAAAGUAUAUCAGUGAGGUAAAGUCUGGUCCUUUUGCUGAACACUCUAACAUGUUAUGGAGCAUCAGUGAUGUGCCUCACUGGACAAAAGUCAACACUGGGCUGUUCAAGAUGUACAAGGCAGAGGUUUUAUGUAAACAUCCAAUAAUUCAGCAUUUCCUGUUUGGAUCACUCAUCUCCUUCAAACCAGCAUCAUGACGGAAACUUCUUUCGGUAACUCUGGUCCCUCAUCCCAGAUCACAUCAUCACUGUUCUAAGUCAAGGAGGAUGAAUUGUAUUUAUAACAAGGAAACUUAAUACAUUGAUGAUAGAUGCAGCAGCUUGCUUUAUAGACAAGGUCCCUGUGUUGUUUUACCUCCUGUUGUUUGUUGACCUUGAAUGUUGAUUGUCCGACCUUGAAAUUUUGCACAAGGAAUUGUAUACUCAUGGUGUUUUGAAAGCUCAGGAUUCUCUCAAUAGGACUUGUUAUAGUUGUCCAUGUACCGGUUAUCACACUGUUGUCGCGGCCUUCAUUAAUUCAUUAAUUGUGGAACUGUUUUCUGCCUUUCAACUCAAUACCUGUACUGACACAUGUGCAUUGGUACAUGUAAGUACGUAUGGACUACAAAAAGGUAUGGGAAGCAGGGUGGGCUGACGUGAGUAUCAGGAGGAUUAUUGUCAUGAUACAUGAUCCUGUUGUCCAUUCAGAUCAUAUUCUAAUGAAACGCAGACUGUUAGGGCAAGCCCAAUGGUUUGAUACAGAAGUGAAGAAAGAACUCAUUGGCUUUCUCUUUGAAAACCUUAACGCAUGGAGAUUGUUUUCAAAUAAUAUCAACCAGUCAUAUGCCUUAUUUUACGUUAUUUAAGUUGUGUAAAAACAUUGUGAGAAGUCAUGUCCUUGAGUAAACUGCAAUUCAUAUCUUUAUAUGCGAUAACACAUUAACUAUACACUGUAAGUUCCGUCGUGCUAGUGCUAAAUAACAAAAAACUGUUAUUGUACUAAUUGAUAUGUUUUGUUACUGUCGCUUGGCGUUGUCUGAAUGCCAGCAUUAAUAUUGAUGGACCAGAGACCUUUGCCCCGUAAAAAACUUCAAUUUAGCUACUGUAGAUCAUGGCUACAGCUUUAUGUGAGGAGAUCCCACAGGUACUUAGUAAUAGAAGGAUUGAU